CACACAUGCAAGCGCUGGCUGGGCCCAGAGGGAAGGUGAGAGGGAGUGAAGGUGGAGGGGGGGUGGCACAGGGCCAUCGAAGCGUAGCUCCUCCAGCCUGGUGAACGGUGCACCCGAGGGCAGCUGGCCCUGGAGGGAGCCUCCCUCCCUUGAACUUGGAGCCCCAGCUUGCAGUGGUCCUGGAGCGUCGUCCUUCUCUGUGUGAGUGUGUGCGGGUAUCUGCAGGGGUUCACCGGCCCCCCUUAUACCGGGGCUGGGCCAGGCAGCCAUGGCCGACGAGAAGACCUUCCGCAUCGGCUUCAUUGUGCUGGGGCUCUUCCUGCUGGCCCUCGGCACGUUCCUCAUGAGCCACGACCGGCCCCAAGUCUACGGCACCUUCUACGCUAUGGGCUGCAUCAUGGUGAUCGGGGGCGUCAUCUGGAGCAUGUGCCAAUGCUACCCCAAGAUCACCUUCAUACCCGCUGACUCUGACUUCCAAGGCAUCCUGUCCCCAAAGGCGCUGGGCCUGCUGGAGAAUGGGCUCGCUGCUGAGAUGAAGAGCCCCCAGCCCCCAUACAUCAGGCUGUGGGAGGAAGCUGCCUAUGACCAGAGCCUGCCCGACUUCAGUCACAUCCAAAUGAAGGUCAUGGGCUACCAUGAGGACCCUCGCCCGCUGCUGGCCCCCCAGCCAGGAGCCAGCGAUGGAGGACAAGGGGGCCCCUGUGGGUCUCAGGGCUGGAUGGAGGCUGCGGUGGUCAUCCACAGAGGCUCGGAUGAGGACGAGGGAGGAAGCAACCCGACUCCGAGCAGGCCUGGCCUCCAGGCCUGUCCCCGGGGCCCUGCACCCUUGGCUUCCUUCCAAGAUGAGCUGGAUGUGGACUCCAGUGAGAGCGGCAGCCCCAACCCCUCGCCCCCAGAGGGGGAGGAGCCUCAUCGCCCAACUCGGGAGCCCUGGGCCUGCAAGUGCCAGCUGGACCGCUUCCACGACUUUGCCCUGAUCGACGCCCCCAUGACAGAGGAUGCGCCCCCAGAGGGCCAGCAGUGGGCUGCUGCCCUGUCCAGCUGUCAGCAGCCAUCCCAGAGGACAAAGGAGGAGGAAGAGAAGACUUUAGACACAGGCGCAGAGGAGCCAGAACAGGAAGAAGAAGACUUGUACUAUGGGCUGCCAGACAGCCCUGGGGACCCCCUCCCAGACAAGGAAGUGGGCUUUGAGCCUGAUGCCCAGGCCUGAGAUGGAUCUGCUCCCUGGGUUCUAGCCCCGCACUGCCGCUAACCCCCAUGUGACCUCACAGGGACUCAGUGUCCCUGUCUGCAAAAUGGGGUUAUGAGGAGGUUCAUGCGAGACAGCAGGCUGGAGAGCACUUGGAGGACUCAAAGCGGAGCUCAGGGAGGGGAUGCUUGCUGUCUGGAGACAUUGCUUUCACUGUUCACUUUCUUUGGUGAAGUGUUGAAGGUAAAAUACGGUUCCCUGAGAAGAUUUGAAGCUGCUGGGGCCCUCAAGAGCCUUUUCUGCCUCCCCCCAUAGCGGGCCUCUGAACAGGACCUUCCUUGGUGCUAUCCCUGAGGCCCUGAUCCUCAGUGAAGGCUCAGGGUGCCUGUUCCUCUGAAGUCCUAUAGACCCUGAUGUCCUAUACCCCCUGAUGUCCCCUCUGCUGUCCCGUACCCAGAUGGACGGUGUGAUCUUUCUUCAUCAGAGCUUAACCAUGUCUAUCCUGCCCAAAUUCGUCCUGUGUUUCCCAUUGCCCCAGAUCCAAAACCUGCCAUGCCUCACCUCCGUGGACCUUCUGACUUUCUCUCUGGUCAGCCCCAUACCACAACCUCUGCUCCUCCAAUGCCAAGUCCUCCUUCACUCCCCAAGCCUGUCCCAGGCUUGUGCCCUCCACCAGCAUGCCCUUUGCUUCGGUGUCUGGCAAAUUCAUGCUCAUCCUUCAAACCCCGGCACAGAUGCCCGUCCUCUGAAAGCUUUUCCUAAUGCUAUCACCUCCCAGAAUGAGUUACUUCUUCUGGCUCCUCUGUGCCACCUGCGGGCCUUGUACAUUGCUGGAGGGUGACUGCCAGCUCAAGGCUAGACUUCGGCACUACUCACCUGGGUAUCUCCUGUGCUCAGAUCAGCAGUCAUCGAAGACUUACAAAACUGACAGAGCCUUUUGCAGAUAACGCCCCCAUCCCCUAACUCUUAGACCCCGAGGCCCCUCACCCUCAGGCAUUCAAACCUCCAAAUGGCCUGCACUUGGGUCACAAAGGCAGGCAGAAAGGCCUCAGAGAAACCCCCUUCCCUGCAGAAUAUGUCUGCAUUGGCUGAGGAUGGGGGCUGAGGUGAAGCCUCCUGGCUUGAUUUGGUUGGAUUCGGGGACGUUUGCUGAGCACCUACUGUGUGCUGAACACAAAGCCAGGACUUUUAGGAGGAGAAAGACAUGAACUGAUAAGGUUCUUGCCCUCCAAGAGCUUACCAUUUACUGAACUUGGUGCCUUGUAAGCUAGGAACAGAGUGCUGAGUGCAAGCCAAGGAGGGUGCAGAGAAGUUAGAAAUGGACAGUGGAGUCCAGAGGCAGCCGAGUGACAACCACACCACCCAUGGAAUGCAGGGACAGGUGGCUCAGGCUGCCUGAGCAGGCCCUGAAGAUACAUGACUAUACUGCAACUCUGCCGUGUCUCGCUUUGGUGAGGCAGAUCUGUGCUGUGUCCCCAGCGUGGACGGCAGCGGCUUCGGAGAAGAGGGCAGUGGCACGACUUCCCAUGAGGUCUGCGCACUCAGAGCUUGCACCAUGGCCUACUGGGUGGAGGGGACCUUCAUCUAAGCUAGGCUUCUGGGUUAGGGGUGGGAAUCUCGGCCGAGGGAAAGGACUGCCCCAUGGGCUGAGUCAGAAGUGCAUGCCGCUGUGUUGCCUGGGUGGUCCCCAUUGCUUAAGCCUCCGUUUGGUUUCAGCUCAGGCCCUGGUCUCAGGGUCAUGAGAUCAAGCCCCACAUCUGACUCCGAACUCAGCACAGUGCUGAGUCUGUGCCAAGAGCAGAGUCAAGACUCUGCCCCCCAUCCCAAUAAAUAAGUGAAAUCUUAAAAAAAAAGAAAAAGAAAAAAAAAGUAAAAAAAGAAAAAGAAGACGUGUGCGCCCCUGGAAACACUCCUCUUUUGUUCUGGGUCAUCACUACCUUCCGUAGUGAGGGCUGCCCCAGGGGGCAUGCCCUCUGCUGUAACACGGUCCCACCAAUGGCCCCAUGACAGUGGACAUGGCAAGGUGCCUCGUGUUCCUCUGUCCUGCUUCCUGAGGUCAGGCAGCAGAUGACCUGCAUCAGAAGGGCUGUCUGGGCAAAGAGCUAAAAUAAAGUUUUCAGUGUUUAAAGGGGUCACUUUCACCUGCAAAUUCCUUCAUGUGAAACCACCUGUUCCCCCUCUGGGCAGGCAAAAUAAGGCAUCGUGCUUGGCAGGCACCGAGGGCACCCUCUGGAAAGCAAAUGUCAAGCAGGGGGGGCAUGGCCCCGGGGGACAGCUGUGUGGUCCAGAAGGCCUGGAGUAGCCCCACAUGCCUGAAUCACAACUGUAUGCCUUCCCCAUCCCUCCCCAGAGAAGCCAGAGCCCCGGGCUGCCAGCCGGCCAGCAGAGAGACUAACCCAGUGGUAGGGAGCACGGGGCAGGGGAGUGUUGUGCUCGGGGCGGAAGGGAGAGAUGGUGAGAUUCAGGCUUUGCCAGUACUGGCUCCCCCCACAUCCUGCUGCCGGAUGCUGUAUGCCUGGUCUGCCCUGGACAGUCCUGGCUUAGACCCACUGUCCCUGCUCACUGACUGUUCGUGCACACUUGCACUACCAAAGUCAUCCCACUUGGAUGGUAAAUGAUAGAGUCACCCUACGCUGUGAACUUGGGCGAGUCUGGUUGCCUCUGGGGCUCCUGCUUUCCUUAUGUGCCAAAGGGAGGUGAUGGCCCCCUGCCUUGGACUUCCACAGAGUUAGGCAGUGGGGGUAUUUGACAGAAUCGGUCUGCCGAUGCCUUGCGGGAGGGUUCGCCGGCUGCUCACCCGAAGUUAAUAUCUGGUUUAUUACUCAUGGCAGUGAGAAGGAUGGACCCCCACGGGAACUGGGUCUCAGAGGGCAUGAGAAAGAGUUCACCAAGAGGGGAUUUGAGGGAGGGUCUAGGGGAGCAGGGCUCUGCUCCAUGAUGGAUAGUGUCGGGAAGCAGGACUAACUGUGCGGUUAGCCAAUGUGAUCUAGAAGGAGGGAAGACUAGGUCCAAGCUGAAGCUGUCGUUGGCCAGCUGGUGUCUACCCAGCCAGAAGAAGGCAGUGUGGGCAUCGGUGGUGGCUCGGAAAUGGCGUUCAUGCUAGCCAUGCUCUGCCGUGGCUCCCAAGUGGUUGCGAUUUGCCAACAUAGUCCCAGCAUGGCCUUGCCUGAUGCUGGUGUUCUGUGGAAUUGUUCACGUUCAACAGGACACCGAGGCUGAGCUGCGAGGGUCGGGCUGGCACCUGGCUGACAGGCCGCUGUUCUUCCUUAGGGCUCACUGCCUGGCAGGGGGGGUUCCUCCCCUGGGGCUUGCUAGUGACUAUGGGGGACAUGGGAUGGGGAGGAGCACAUGCUACGGAGUUCAUUUGAAAGGAAAUGUCUGCAGCUCUUUUUUUAGAGUUUGAGGAGCAAGGGGGCAGAGGGGCUCUCAUUCCAUUCCACUCUGACCUCCCCAAACUCCAUGAUCUGCUUCACCAGCUGGUUACACCUGAAAACCCACCACUGUGCUCUGUUCCCUUGGCCUUGAGAACUUUCCGUCUCCACCAAGAACAUGGGUCUCUGGGAUGGCCCCUUUCGUUGGCUGAUGAGCUGGGAGGAGGGUGAAGUCUUCCUGCAGGUCCAGGGGUUUGGGGGGGGGAGCUGUAUGGACCUGAGGCCAUGGCAAGCGCUGGGAUGUCAGCCCUCAGCCCCAGGCUCCAGAUCCGUGUACCAUGGCAGAAAUUCCU